AGAUGUCGAAGUUGUCCUCCUAUGACCUAAAUCGGGAAAAUAAUGUCGAUUCGGUUUCUUCGGUUUUCAUCAUGUCGUGUCCGUGUCCGGUCUUCAUCAACAUAUCGGGUUGAUCGUCGGUUCACUCGCCCACUUAAUUACACGCUCCUCGAUUAUGAUUUCGUGUUAGUCUUAGUUGUUGAGGACCCAAGCCCAAGUACUUAAUCUAAAACAGUAAUGUUCUAGUUCUUAGUACUCUUAGCACUAGACCAAGUAUGAUCCUGUAGUUCUUGUUCCCACAGUUGUUUUUUAAAACACGACAUUGAUCACGCUGUUCAUCUACUAAUCUCUAUCAUCUUCACCACGUCAAAAUGAGUUUUGGCAGAGCUUCUCGGGACGUCUAUCAUAUGACCGGCUCAGACAAUCCCGGAGCAGCCGAUUACAUCAAACCGACGAUGGCUUGGUCCAAAUCGUUGAAGACAAGGUAAUUCUUUGUGAUGUGUAAACUGUGAUGAUGAAGACCAUCUUCGUCAUGUUCUUGAUAUUUAUAAUUUGUUUUGACGAUAGUGUAGUCAUCUUUUACACCCCUGAAGUGGGUACAUUCAUUCAUUCAUUCAUUCAUUCAUUCAUUCCCUCAUUCAAAGUAAUCAAGUAAUCAAGUAUUACAACAUCUAGAUCUACAUUGAGAUCAUCAGAUCUUCAAAGGAACAACAACAGCAACAACGCCAACAUGUCUCACCUCUCCACCUUCACACUCAGAUCUAGUGGAAGUCGAAAGUCCUUGCCUUUGCCGAAAGCCCCUCUAAAACAAGAUCCUAGACACCAUAGGAAAUCAGAGCUCACUGCAGCAGCUUUAGCAAAAUAUGGAUUUUUCGAUGUUUUUUGUUUCUUUUUUCAUCUUUCUACAUACUUUAACGAUCGAUGCAUGCGAUCGUCCUGGUUCAUAGUUACUCCCAUAGAUGUUUAAAUAAUGGGUCAUCCUGGCACUCACUGUCCCACGAAGAAGUCACUUCUUUUUGGUGGAACAAUUUCUCUAAAUUGAAAGCGGGAUUGAUUAUCAUAAAGUGCCAGGAUGGUCUCCUGUCUCUAGAAUAUUGGAAGAAAAAAAGAAAUAACUCGACCUUUCUUCAUAGAAUACACGUGAAGGCAUUGGGCUUACCUCCUGCGAGUAUCACAGAACACGUAAUACCAGGGCUAGUACCAGACGAGCAGAAGAAGACGAUCUAUCAAAUACUCACGGAAGACAACGAAUCUUUCAAAGGUAAUAAACUAGGCUAUGCAUGAUAUGUUGAAGAAUUUUGCUGUAUUUUUAUCUUCUGGUGGUCGUGGGUUGCAUGCAGCACCUCCAGGAACCCUGAGGAACUUUACAUUUACCUUCUCUAGCUUGAAGAGCCACUUUCAAUCAAUCUCUACAACCAUUUUACUUUUUUAUCACCAAACAACUUUUACUAGACCACCUGCUACUUCUACAACUAAAACUACAUCCAGAGCUCCCGCUUCUGCCGAUGGACGUGAUAAAUAAACCCUUGAGGGCGGAAGAGGAGUUGCCGUCCAAGCCAACAGCGUUCUACGAUCAGAGAAAAUUUCAACACGAGAGUAACUAUGCUGCAUCCAUUCGAGCGGAGCAGAAGCGAGCUGCAGACGGGGGCAAUCUUAAUUACCUAUUUGGUAAGUAGGACGGAUACUUAAUUUCCUACUAGAAGCGGACUUCUCGGAGGUUGGUCGUAAGUAGAAAAGGACUUAUCGGAGAUUGGUAAUGAUGUAGUAAAAGAAGAAGAUCUAGAUGGUGGACGUAGUUCUACAACUAGCACUGCGUAGUUGUCAUCGAAUUGUAAUUUUUGGCAGACUUCUCGACAUCUACUUCUAACUUGUUGUACUACUUCUCUUGAGGACUAUUGAACAGAGUUUUUUGUAAUGAUUUCAUCGCAUGAAGAACUUGCUAUUUAUUUGCUGUUUCUCACUUAUACUUACAUUUACAUUCUUCAAGAAUGAAUGUUGUUAUAAUACUUGACGUCAUACUGCCCGGACGAUUUGCCCCAACUCUAUUGCUGAGAAACAACCACUUCUAGCAAGGACUUUUGAGUCUUGAUGAUACUUCUGUAGUUCUUGUAUUGCUGAACUAGUUUUUCUAGAUGAUCCUGCCAAACCAAAAACGAACAACAAGACCCAUUCAAGUGCUUUGCUGCGUUCGAAUUUUGCUGUACCCUUUUUCUGAUUCUUCGUUCUCGUAGAGCGAUAUCGGCGCAUAUGAUGCAACAGCAUGCCAAAAAGUAAAAGAAGAAGUAAAG